AUGGGAGUACUCCUGUGGCGAGGAUUUACUAUCGACAACGUCAUGAAUCAGUGUUUCGGAAAUGAAGAGGAUUUUUGCGGCAAAGGUAGACAGAUGCCUGUGCAUCUUGGAUCUGUCGACCACCAUUUUCACACAAUUUCAUCAACCCUUGGCACUCAGAUACCUCAUGCCGCUGGCGUUGGCUUCGCUCUGCGUCGCGAUUCCGCAAGGCGCGGGGAAAACGUCACUGCUUGCUUCUUUGGGGAAGGUGCUGCUUCCGAAGGAGCUUCUACAAUACCCUGUCCUACGGUCUUCAUUGCUCGCAACAAUGGGUUCGCCAUUAGCACUCCAAGUACGGAGCAGUAA